AUGUCAGAGGCAGGGGAAGAAGUGACGCUGCCAGAGACGCUCCGGCGCAUCGCUGUGGCGAGCCGCGUUGACGCCCGUCUCUAUCCGAUGAAGGCAGAAGUCUCCAAGGCAGCGGAAACGCCGCAGUUGUGUGCGUCGACAUCAGUCCCACAACUCCUUGAGCUGGUGCAUGCCAUACGGAUGCAGUACAUGCGGUUAGUCGUGGAGAUUGCCGAGGCAUCUGGAACCACAACUUCAUCAGUGGAGGCGUCUGCCACAGCUUUCAGACAAAUUGAGGCUCUGGCGCACCCCAUUGCAGAGCUACAGAGAGGCAUCCGCAGUAAAAACGCGCAGUGUGUGCGUCUGGAACUGCGUGACCACCUUGCGAACGAGGUGGAGGCGCGGCGGCGGGCACUCUCACACAUGAGGGCAGCGCUCAGCAUAGCGAAGCAGUGUGUGUGA